GUGCGCAAUGUCGAUACUGGCCGGUGAGCCGGUGAGUCACCGUCGUGUGGUGAUCCAGUCGCUCUGUCAUAGCGCGCUCGUGCAUACGUGCGCUUUUCAUUUGUUUCACACACAUUUCCCGGCUACUGUAAACACCUGAUCCAAGAUGUCUCACUCGCUGACCAUCACCCGGACCACCGUGGCCACGUCUGGUACUCCUGUGUACAUAAACAGCAGUUACCUAGGCACCACACCCGGUCUUCUGAAACUGGCCCAGUUGUUACUGGGUGCGGCAUGCGUGGGCGUGGUGGGAUACUACAUGGAUCACGGGUACUAUAGAGGCUACUCAGGCAUCAGUGGGAAGGCAGAACUCUUCUACCUGAUCGUCGCAGUCGCCUGUCUAGUGGGCACGUUCUGUCUGAUAACAUCCUGUAUCGUCUCCUUGUCUACAGCUUCUAUCAUAUCGAAGACUAUUUAUGAGGUGAUAUACCACGGCGUGGCGUUUAUAUUAUAUCUGUGCGCCGGCAUCACUCUUAUGAUAGAAGUCAAUCAUCUGAAAGAUCAAUAUAGAAGAGAUUACGAACCUUAUUUAGCAGCAGCGGUUAUGGGCCUCGUGAUGGCGGCCCUUUACUUGCUCAGUACGUUUUUGGCAAAUCGCCAAUACAGAGGCAUUUAAACUAUUUAAAACUUCAAAAGAAUAACUGUACACUACUUUAUAGUAAUUUAUUACUUAAUUUAUUCUCGCAUUGCGCAAAAUAUAUUAAUUUCAGACUUGAAUUAAAGUUUAGAAAAGGGCUAUCGAAUCUGCUAAACCCAAUAAAUCGUAUCAAAUACAAAUCUUAUUAUAUUAUCUAAAUAAGUACAUAUUAUUGUAUUCAAUAUAGCACAAAAUAAAUUAAGAAUAGUGCUCAGGUAACUGCCAAAUACUGAAAGAUAGAUUUCGACACAAAGUAAAGAAGUUAGCUAUAUAGAACGCAAUUACGCAACACUAGGAAACUCAUAUUUUUAAAUUAUAUUAUACAUGAAUUUGGAUAACUACAUACAUGUAUGUAGCGUAUAUUUUAACACACUAUUUGGAUACAUUUUGAAGAAUUAACGAUCCUCAAAACCGAAAGUAAAAAAAAUCUGGUAGAAAUGUUAUGAAAAGUGACUGAUAAGAAUAAUCUGAAUAUUCUUCCUAAGCUCUAGUUUUUUUCAACUGCCCUAUAAUGUGAGUGGGAAUCAGAUUUUGUACUCAUAUUUUAACUGUGUUCGACGUAUAUGGCAUUUAUGGAAAUGUUUCAUGAACUAAGUAUGCCCAAGUUCAUAGACAACUUAAACGUCAGUUUUCUUUAAACAACUUACUAUUAAUUUUAAAAAUAUAAACAGUUGUUUUAAGAAAAAGGGACGUUUAUGUUAUCAAAGAAAUGCGAUACUAUUUUGAGACAAAGUCAAUGCUAGUCUAAUAUAGAUGCCAUUGAGGUAUUUUAUAUGUGUACCUAUUUAUUGUAGACUCAUAUGCCUCAAUACUGAACACUUAUAUAUUUUUUAGAAACAGGAAUAAUUCCUUUAUUAGCCUAAAUGUCUAGUCUAAGAUUCUAAUGAUAAGAAUGCUUUUAUGCCAUAUUUGUAAGAUAGGUGCAAAGUGAGCUCACUACGUCUGUUCAUUUAUAUUUAACCUUUAUGUCCUUUGUAAUGAAAUAUGUUUUGUUUUACUGUUAAAAUUAAAUGUAUAAGUAAUCAUUUUAUUAGAUUUUCUAAACUGUAUUGUUGAUUGAUUUAUUUAUCGUAAUUCAUUAUUGCGCAUUUUGAAUGAUUGGAUAGAAAAUUCAGGAAACUUACCUACUUAUACUCCGAAAUAUUAUGUUAGUAAUGUAAGUAUAAUUUAAUUCAAUUUUAUUUGAAUUUUACAUAUGAAAAAAGAGAAAAUUGUAUCCGUUUAUUGAAAACUUAUGUAGUUACUUGACAUAUUUACUUAAGUCGUAAUGAUGAUAAAUUGUGCUUUUGCUUGAUUUUGUAGUUCAGCAGAAAAACUUAAGUAUUACGAGUACAUAGAAGUGUUUUAGCUAAAACCCUUGGAUUAUAUCCUAAGAAAAGGUGCAUAUUUAAUUAUAAGUAAGUAAGUAAUAAGUUUAAGAAAUAGAAGAAAAUUCCGUGACUUAAUCAAUCCGUGAAUUAAUCUUAAUCUUCCAUUAUAUUUUUUUCGUGACAAAAGAUAUUAUACCUAUAUAACAGAUAUUUUAUACCAUGUAUGUUAAAUAAGUAUUUUCUGAUUAAAAAGAAAAAAAAAAGAUUAUUUUACAAAAUAUUUAAAAAUGGAACACGGGUUUUUCUGCCUAUUCGACUAGAUCUGUACUGGGAUUCUAUAAAACUCGAUCAACAACUCGCAUUUCA